GUAAUGUUGCGCGUGUUCCCUCGUGAUCCUGUGAAGAGUGAGAUCGAUCAAUACUGAUUCUGAAUGGCAUCGCAAAGUAAGAAAUAGCAGGUUAUCAUUCUGACCUGUUGCUGCUUCAAUACCUAUCUGAAAAAACACAAUGUCUUUAGGUAAGGCCGCUGUCAGAGUGGUGUAUCUAGGCAGGAUUUCCUACCACAACGCCUUGAAGAUACAGCAACACCACAUACAGCAGCAUCUUGAUUCAUCUAAUAACAACCCAAACACGUUACUACUAUGUGAACAUGAGCCUGUGUACACCAUUGGCAUCAGACAGAAACCUUACCCUCCUGAAGAGGAACAAAGACUGAAAAACCUAGGCGCAGACUUCUUCCGUACAAACCGAGGUGGACUGAUAACUUUUCAUGGGCCUGGUCAGUUAGUCUGUUAUCCAAUCCUAAAUCUGGGCUGCUUUAAGAAGAGUGUAAGAUGGUAUGUGUGUGAAUUGGAAAGGACUGUGAUCAAUACAUGCAGUAAGUUUGGGAUCAAAGCCUCAACAUCUCCAGAUACCGGUGUAUGGGUGGGCAACAACAAAAUAUGUGCAAUCGGUAUCCAUUGUGGAAGAUACAUAACAUCCCAUGGUUUGGCUCUUAACUGCAACACGGACAUGAGUUGGUUUGAUAACAUUGUGCCAUGUGGGCUCGUGGGGAAAGGUGUGACGUCACUGAGCCGGGAGCUGGGGCGGGAUGUCCCAACAGAAGAAGCCAUUCCAAAACUACUGGAGGCCUUCAAUGAACAGUUCAACUGCCGUCUAAUGGACAAUAGUAGCAGUGGUUUAAGGAAAUAUGUAAUAUAAAUGACUCAUGCAGUUUAAAAGUUUUUUUAAUUAAAAGAAUAUUUAAAUCUGG